GCAGCAUUUUAACAACGGAAAGAUGCAGAGGAAGAAAGUAGUCAAAGUAAAGAAGACAAAAAGCGGGAAAGUAAAGAAGGGCGGUAAAAGGGUGUCCAAAGGCGACAAAGAGUUGGACAUAGAGAAAGGUAAAGCUAAUAUUGCUCUAUGGGAGCUAAAGUUACGGCUUACCAACCAAACUCUCACGGGAUAUCGCGAGAGCUGCCGCCAGCUGGCUUGUGCCAACGAUGAGCUGACCAAUCAGCUGUCGCACGCUGAGCGGGAAAACCUGGACGCUACAGCCUACUGGCAGAGGCUGGAGGCAGAUAAAGACGAGAAGAUUAAUGUGCUCCAGAACUCACUCAAAAGUCAAGAGGCUCUUGCUUGUGAGCAACAAAGCAAACUGAUUGAACAUUACACACUUGAAAUCAAUGAGAUGAAGGAACUGUUCAGAAAGAGAGCAGGUGAGUUUGAGAUGAUACAGGAUGGAAUGAAGAAGAUUGAGGAGUUCCAGACAAGGAAAGCGGAAAUGGAGCAGGAGCUCAGCGAUAUCCGUAAAAGCAUGGAACUUGCUCAGAAGGAGUACCGGGAAAACCUCAACAAUAUAGAGUACAGAUUCUUCAAAGAAAAGGCUCGUCUGGAGAAGGAUGCUGAGCAAACCAUAGCGCAGGUGGAAGAGCAGGCCCACCAUGAAGCUGUUGUACAAUUGGACGACGCCUCAAGAUGUGUGUUUAAGGAGAACGUCCGUCUCAAUGAGACACUGAAACACCACAUGAAGGAAGUCGAGGGCCUACAGAAACUAGCAAACUCACUGGCAAAGGAAAACGCAUCCCUGGCACUGGACAAGAAGACAUUGGAGAUGAUGGCAAAGAAGAAUGCAGCCCAGAUGGUGGCCCAAAAAGAAGAGUUGAGCCACUUGAAAGUACAGGUCGCUUCUCUGGAACAAAAAAUCGGUGAACAAAACCAUGACAAGGAGAAGAUGCUCGUCAAUAGUCAGACCAUUGACAUAGAGUUAGAGAAGUUCAAGAGGUUGCUCUCCAUGCGGGAGAAAGAACUGAAGCACAUCAAGAGGUUAGCAAGCACCAUUGUGGAGCAGCGAACAGAGCUGGAGAAAUUCUUCCAUGAGGCGCUGGCUCAGGUGAAGGAGGAGAUUGCUGCCAGUCGGCUGCAGUACAAAAAGGAGGCGCAGCACGCUUAUCACUUGACACUCAAACAGGCCACCGCCGGAAAGCUCAAGUUCCCACCCAUACGCACCUUCCAUAACACACCUCAUAGCACCAAUUCCGUUUAUUCGGACAUGGAGGAGGCUGCUAAAUGGACACAUCAGCUAGGGGGUCAAGUGGAAAUGUCAGACCUGACGUGGGAACAGAGGGAGCAGGUUCUUCGGCUUCUGUUUGCUAAAAUGAACAGACAAAGGCCAAGGAAAGCCAACAAUCUGGCGGCGCCCCCGUCUGAGAAGACGUUCCUCGCUGACAGUCAUGACGCUGGAGAGGAGCUCUGCGUGACGUCAACCUUCAUUACUCAGGCGCCUGACUCCCUCCUGCCCACGAACCCGAGCGGCAUAUAGAUGCACCACGUGACCUCUGUGUGGCCUUUGGUUCACCAUUACACUUCGGAUUGUCUCUGAUUUGCAAGUAUCACAUCUUAUUAUUACAAGUCUGUGUAUGGUGCAGUGUUAUUUUAAAUACUCAUGCUUGCAUGUGUGUGGUUGUUGUUAACUAUAUUCUUAUAUAUAACUAUUAACUAUAUAUUAUAUACUACAAAGAAAAGCAUUGUGAUAUGUUGUUGUUCGUUCUAACAACACAUGGUGGAUUCUACGCUUACGACUUUAUGUUUACAGUUUAAGGAAGCUCCUUCUCAAGGUCUAUAAAUAUUCUUCUGAAUAAAUAGACAAAGAUAACAUCCUCAUCUUGUAGGAAGUCUUGCCAGACAAGUGGGAUGCUGUUACAGCCGGGGUUCAACUCCAUAGUUCCCCUUCCUGUACAGUGAAUAUAAUUGCCAGGUGUCCCAAUAUUUGCGUGCAUAGCCAACUUAAUGUAGAGAUAAAUAACAGCAUUAUGUGCACAAAAUAUCAUUCACGUAGAGUGCAACCUUUAAAAAGUCAACGUACUAUUUAUUAACAGGCACCACAGAGGGAUUGAACAGUCUUUUCUAUGUCUUAUGGCCAGUCUGAACUGAUUUUCUAGCGUCCCAUGGUUGGCAUGGAAACUGCCGGACUCUUUAUGGUGGCAUCCUCAGCUUUCCAUUGUGAGGUUAUGGUUUUGAUCUGCGUAUUGAACUGAAUACCCUGUACACAAAUAAACAAAAGCGUUUACAUUAAGGGGUCUAAGUAUAUGAGUUGGUUAUGCUUUUGAGGAUCGGGAACAUUUGUUAACAUACUUGUUUCCCGUAGAAGUUCAUGUCGCCUCUAAAAGAUCCUCUUGAGCCAGUGAAAGAGAACAUGGGCAGGGGGACUGGAAUGGGAACAUUGACCCCAACCUGCACAAAGCAAAUGUUUUACCGACAAUUCCACGCUUGGGAACGUUCUCCCGGGACCUAAAAUUGCUAGGACACCAGCACAAAGACAACUUGUGGCUUAGGUUUGCAGUUUUGGAAACAGUAAACUCGAUGAGAGGGAAGGGAGAGAGAAAAAACAAAACAAAAAGACAUGGCAAUCGGUUAGAAUAACCAAAAAGGCACAAAUAGGCUUGGAAAGCAUGCGGGGGAAAAAAGUGUCUGUUUGUUGUAUGGAGGCUUGGAGAGGAGUGGAGCACAUGGCCUGGACAGCAUUCCCCGACAUGUGAACAGCAAACAGGGUUGGCUCCACGGGCAAACAAACAAGGUGAAGGACGGCGUGCUUACACUUAAACGGGAUCAUCGGAAUCCCUCCAUUUUUUAUAGAACUUUAUAAAAAGUG